UAGUACAGAACCGCGCUCAGCCGCGUCGCUCGUGUGAGCGUCCCGCUCAAGGACAUUACGAAAAUUUGACUGAAAACGUAUAUACAAUAAGUAAUUAAGUGAACAUUUAUAUUAAAUAAUGAAUCGUGCUCUAAUAUUUUAAUAUAAAUUUUAAGUAGCGUGUAUUGUAAAGUUUUUAACAGUGCUUUCAGUGUUCGUGUUGUCUCUUUCUACCAAAUGAAAGGGAGAGGAAGAUUUUAGCCUAGUGCUUUUUAUGGUUUUCUAUUGUAAAGCGAAUUGAGAAAAUAAUCGCUUCAAUAUCUUGUGCACACAAGAAUAUUAUAAGUGUAGAAUAAACAAGGGCGCCGCCCACGUUGCACGAUAACGCAGCUUCCCGACAGAGAAAUUAAUCUGGAACUCGGUAACAGGAAACGAGCCGAUAAAGUGCCAGUAGCACAAAAAGAAUCGGCUAGAAUACUAAGAUGACCGAAAACUAUCGAUAAAAUACGAAAAUAUGACGAAAUUCAACGAAUCUAAUAGGUGUAGGAUACCGAAUGAAUGCAUCGAGGAGCAUUCAAUAGUGUGUAAUGUGAAAGACGAAAGCAGAAGAUCGAUUAUCGCGAGGGUACGAAUGGACGUAUAUAGUGAAUCAAAGCCAGCCGCUUAUUUGAAAUUUAAAUGUGCGCGGGGUCUCCGGGAGUUUGUUAACUGUAGAAGGACAAUGGGUAUGCACGUGCGAGCUUUGGUCGUGCUUGGACUAGUGUUCAUGUUAGUGACGACUGUUCAAGGCGCGCCCGGAAGGAAGCGGCCGAGUCGAAGUGCACAUGAGAAAAAUGCGAGAAGUUACCUAGAACAAUUUGGCUACUUGAAGAAAGGUCAACCAGAAGUCGGCAACCUCUUAAUGGGCGAUGUUUCGCACUCCUAUGAAGACGAAUUUAGGAUCGCUAUUAAAACUCUCCAAGAGUUUGGUGGCAUUCCUGUAACGGGGGAGAUUGACCAUUCAACAAAAGAAUUGAUGAAGCAGAAGCGAUGCGGUCGGCCUGAUCGUGAAGUUGGCGAUGAAAAUAGGAGAAAGAAAAGAUUUGCCGUGCAAGGAGAGAAAUGGAAACACACGAAUUUAACUUGGAGCUUGUCUCAAGCCCGUCGGCCGUCUCAACUGGACCCUCACAUAACAAGAAGUGUGCUGGCUCGCGCCCUCGACGUCUGGGAGCAAGCUUCAAGGCUCACCUUCACAGAAGUCAACUCAGACGACGCUGAUAUUGUCGUAUCAUUUGCCAAACGUUACCAUGACGACGCCUAUCCAUUCGACGGGAGGGGCUCGAUUCUUGCGCACGCGUUUUUCCCGGGCACAGGUCGUGGAGGUGAUGCUCACUUUGAUGACGAUGAACUGUGGCUACUGCAACCCAAAAACGACGACGAAGAAGGAACAUCGUUGUUCGCGGUCGCGGCUCAUGAAUUUGGUCAUUCCUUGGGCCUCAGUCACAGUUCUGUAAAAGGAGCUUUGAUGUUCCCGUGGUAUCAAGGUAUCCAGCCCAACUUCGCAUUACCUGAAGAUGAUCGCAAUGGCAUACAGCAAAUGUAUGGUCCUAAAGUAAAACGGACUUGGGCGAAGAUUCCUUACUACCGACCGGUCGAGACGCCACCGCCCACAACCACUACAACAACUACCACCACCACUACAACUAGACGGCCAUACAUUUACCAUCAUCACCCUGAACGGCAUCCGAACCACCGCUACACUCCCCAAUACCCUCGACCUCCGAGUAAACCAUAUUACCCAGACAGAAACCCGUACCCCGAUCGACCACGUUACCCAGAAAAAUCCAACCCGUAUCCGGAACGGCCAUACUACCCAGAACGAAGGCAUUACAAUAGUAGCGAAGACCAUCCUCGAAGGACCCACAAUCAUUAUCCUCGUACCGAAUCAACCACGCACCCUACCACCUACCGUCCUAAAUACCCUCAUGUGAGACCUGAAUAUCCCACGAAUCCACGCCAAAAUUACCCAACAGAUGCGGACUAUCCUAAAAAGAAGCCGGUCUAUCCAAAAACCACAACACCAAAGCCGUCGGACAAGCCUGACACGUGCGAUACGAGUUACGAUGCUGUUAGUUUGAUACGAGGGGAACUUUUCAUAUUUAAGAACAGAUAUCACUGGAGAAUUGGUGCUAAUGGGCGGUACCCGGGAUAUCCUUUAGAAAUAUCAAGAAUGUGGUCACUUCUACCAAAUAACCUAUCACAUGUGGACGCUGUUUAUGAAAGGCCGGAUAGAAAGAUUGCUAUUUUUGUUGGAAGAGAAUUAUACCUGUUCGAUUCACAAUAUCUGGUGCCGGGUUAUCCUAAGAAGUUAGUUGAACUGGGCUUACCGGACAGUCUUAAUAAAUUAGACGCUGCGAUGGUCUGGGGACACAACGGAAAGACGUACUUCUACAGUGGCACUAUGUAUUGGAAGUUUGAUGAAGAAAUUGGUCGUGUUGAAUUAGAUUAUCCAAGAGAUAUGUCGAUGUGGAAAGGCGUAGGCUACAAUGUUGACAGCGUAUUUCAAUGGAAAGAUGGUAAAACCUACUUCUUCAAAGGCAAAGGUUUUUGGAAAUUCAAUGACCUCCAAAUGCGCGUCGAGCAUGAAAAGCAAUAUUCUUCAGCUCAGUACUGGAUGGCGUGUUCAGGUGAAAGAGCAGGUCGUCGAGCUCCAUUCCGUGCUCCCCCCGCUCCGGGAUCCACGCUGAGAUCACCAAGUUCCGCCCCACUUAGUACUUCAAAUAUUUCUAUUUGUCUAUUUUCUCUAGUAGCAUCUUUUUUAGUAAAGAACAUUGUAAAAUAUUUAUAAAAUUUAUCGCUUAUGCAUAAUACGGCUAGUAGAACUGAUAUAACAAGUACAUAUCGAUAUUAUGUCUGAGUUUAGGCUUAGGAUUAAAAUUGCGCAAACACUACACUGCCUUUUAGUAUUAAAUUGAAUGCCCAUAUUAUCGUAUCUUGUAGGAUAAUUUAAGGUAGGAAUUUAGUUUUUAUUGUAUGUACAUUUUGAUCUCAAUAUGAUCGAGUGCUUGUUUCAUUAUGAAUUGUAAGGUACAUAACACCAUUUAUUUAGCUGUUGUACAGAUCGUGUUCUAUAUCGAUGUCAGUAUGUAGCAAUAUACGUUAAUUCCUUUUAUUUGUCUAUUUAAUAUUAUAGCUUUCGUGUGACAAUUUGAGUUCUAUGUAUUCCAAUAUGUACACAAUACCUAUUACAUAUAGUAAUGCAUAGAUUAUUUUGAAAACAUGUAAGUAGUACAUAUUUAGCGCGCAUAAAAGUGUAAUAUUUAAAUAAAAACUACUUAAUAUAUUAUCUUUAACAGUAAUAAAAAUGUUACAUUUAAAACAAAUUAUGUAUAUAUUCAUAGAAGUAACUAAGAUCUAUUAUCUGCAUACUCUUUUAAUAGUUCACGAAUUCAACGUGUUUUUUAAAAUAAUCAUGUAAAUAUAUUCACGUCAAACUUUUAGAAAAAUCCAGAUAAACCUACACAAGAAUGCCUUAACUAAUUAUAUAAUAAGUUUAUGUAUAAUUAAUGUGAUGAAAUGUGUAACAAUUACAAAGUUAUAAAUAAAACUAUUGUACAUUCACUCAUGCUGGUUAGAGGUACACAUACUCGGUAAUAUGUAAAUUGUAAUUGUAGAUUUUUUCUUAUUAAUAUUGAAUAAUCUAAGAUCGUAUAAAUAAUAAUAAAUAACUUUUAUAAAAUCUUACAGUCCGUAGUAGAUUUUUAACUAUGAUGUGCUUUUUGUGUGCAAUGUUUACGUGAAAAUUAGAAUUAAGGUUAUAUAAGAAAAUUAUUUUAGAAACUUGCGUCAACCUAAUAUAUAUUUUGUUUACACUACAAUAUUAAAAAAAUAAGUGCCACGCAAAAAGCUUUGAGUGAGUUAUACAGCCAAAUGAAUAUUUUUAAUGUCAAUAGAUAUGUUUAUGUAAGAAUGAACACAAAUACAAAAUAUUUCAAAACGGAGCUCUAUAACAUGAAUAUGGUGCUUUAUAUAGAUAGUUAUUUGUACAGAAUAAAUUUGUAUUUGUAUUUUUAUACAUAAUAGAUGUUUACUCAAGUAUAAACACAUUUUUAUUGGAAAAGUAUAUAGGAAGUCCAUUUAGCUGUACCUAAUCAUUAAAAUACUUAGAUGAGAA